UUGGCAGGUUUAUGUGAAAAGACUGAAGGUCAUGAGACAUUCCUCCUCUCAGCAGCGGCAGUUGCUAACAUUACUUUUAUUGAUUCAUCUGCUUGUGGCCUGCUGCAGGAGAUGAAGGCGCCACAGUUACUUGUGAAAACAUGUAUGUGUAGGAAAGCCAGAUCACUUUUUGCCAAGGACCAGGUA